AUGAUCCUUUUGUUGCGACACUGUCCAAUUUUGCAGGCACUUCCUUCAAGUGGGAAAGAUGUGGUUCUUGACUUUCUACCGGAGCUAUUUGAUGGUCUGAAAGAUCAACCUUACAUGUUAACGGAAGCAGAAGCUGCAAUCUUCUUGCCUUGCCUUAUAGAGAAGUCUGGUCACAACAUUGAGAAAGUCAGGGAGAAAAUGGGGGAGCUGAUAAAGCAAAUGAUGAAUAUUUACUCUCUUCCAAAACCACUUCCCUACAUUUUGGAGAGACUGCGCUCCAAGAAUAACCGAACUAGGAUAGAGUGUGUUGAUAUUAUUGGAUAUUUCAUGGAUAAUAACGGGACUGAGGUUGGUGAUUUGUUGAAAAAUUUGCCAUCUGUUGCUGCAUUAACAGCAGAGCGUGAUGGAGAAAUCAGGAAAGCCGCUCUUAAUACGCUUGCCACUGCUUACAAGAACCUUGGGGACGAUGUUUGGCGAUUUGUUGGAAAACUUUCAGAUGCUCAAAGAAGUAUGCUCGAUGAUAGAUUUAAAUGGAAGGCUCGGGAAAUGGACAAGAGGAGAGAAGGAAGGCCUGGUGAUGCUCGAGCAGCUUUGAGAUCGUUCAGUUAGAGAGAAUGU